GGACGUCCAAGCUUGCAUCCCACUGUUUGUUUGACUGCUGCCCUGAUGGGAAAGAGACACAACAUGGGAUCAAAUGCAGGUUUGGUGGAAAUCAUAGGGUUGACAGAGACAUUUACAUUUAAUCCUAAAGAGGGAAUAGACAACCCAGUGAUGGUCUUCACAGAUGAUGCAGACUAUGUGUCGAAACCCAGCCUACGCAUGUGUGUUCUCAAACGCGAGGAGGGGGAGUCCUAUGGCUUUAAUUUGCGAGUGGAGAAGGGGCGCCAGGGUCACAUCAUCCGAAAUUUGGUGGUCGGGGGAGUGUCAGGGUGCAGUGGCCUGCAAGAUGGAGACAGACUUCUGGAAGUCAACAACUGCUAUGUUGACGAUGUUCCUCACCCUGAAGUGUCCAGGAAGAUAAAGCUAAGUGGACACCAGUUGUGUUUGCUAGUGUUGAAUGGGGAGGAGUAUGAGCAAGCUGUGUCAAAAGGUCAAGAUCUCAGAAGUCUGGUCAGAGGACAAAAGGACGAGGGCUGUAAACCCCCCAGACUCUGCCACAUCACCAGGGACCCUGCCUCAGGUCUGGUCAUCAGCUUAUUACCCGUGGAAGGAGAGAAAGGUCACUUCUCAGUGAACCUGGUGUCAGGAGGUGCAGCUGAAAAGGCCGGAGUGUGUAAGGGAGAUCGUCUGGUGUGGAUGAAUGGAGCGACAGUGUGCGACCUCACACACUCUGCACUCAACAGGAUGGUGAAAAAAUGUGGCAAUAACCUCACCAUCCUGGUGAUUGACAGCGAGAGUGAGAAGAGCUACAUGCGGCGGAGGAUGCCCAUCCUACCCACCAUGGCUGUUCCACAUAACCUGCCUCAUAGAGCCAAGAAACUCCUCCUGGUCUCAGGGCCGGAGGUCUAUGGCUUCCUCCUUCGGCUGGAGAGGGCGCCAUCAGGACGCAUGUCUCAUGUUCUGCGAGAGAUAGACAGAGACAGUGUAGCAGAGAGGGCAGGUAUGCAGGACGGAGACCUGCUGCUGGAGAUCAACGGAGAGUCUAUGGAGACGCUGACGCAUGAAGAGGUCGUGGACAGAGUGAGACAGAGUGGACAGCAGGUUUCCCUCACCACCAUCACAUCACAGGGGCUGGAGUUUUACACCAAGUUGGGUCUGUCCCCUCUUCUCUUCUGUGAGGAUGAUGGUGCUGAGAAAGAAAAGGAGAGCAGUGACGCAGCCUCUGAAAAAGAGAAGACAUCACAGAAGGAAAUAGAAGGCGUGAGCAAGCCCAGACUCUGUUCUCUCCAAAAAGGCCCCCUGGGGUUUGGCUUUAAUCUGGGUUGUAUCCUGGAGAGACCAGGGACCUUCAUCAGCCAGGUGGCUACCGGUGGCUCGGGGCAGAGUGCAGGACUUAUCGAGGGAGAUGUGGUGAUUGAAGUGAAUGGACAAAAUGUGGAGGAGAAAUAUCUGGAGGAUGUUAUGAUAGUCGUGAGGGAUGGAGGGCAUUUUCUUUCAUUAUUAGUCAUAGAAAAGAGUAGCUAUAACAAGAUGAGGCAGACAUACCCGCCAGCCAAUGACGUCACUGAAGAGCAGGAAGAGGAAGACUUUGAGUUAUCAUCUUUGUGAGCACUGGCAACAAAUGUUUGUGAAGAAAUUCGAACCAUCCAUCUGUCGAGGAAACUUCAAGCUGAACUGGACAAAAGAAGAAAAACAUAAACCAAGAUUAUUAUUAUUUUUCCAAAGAUUACCUUAUCCCUGGGUUUCAUGAUAGAAACAAGAAGACGGACAUUAAGUCUUAGCAACAACCACUCAUUGUGUCAUAAUAAAUAAAAUAGUAAAUAAUGUGUCAUUAUAAAUAAAAUGCUAAAGGACCAUAAAAUAAAAUUGUUAUUGCACCGAGAUGAAUGGAAACCAGGCCUGUGUGUAAGCAUUAAACACUAGGGAAAAAUAAGAAAACUACUACGGUACUCUUUAGAAAAUGAACACUGGAAAUGUAAAGUAUUGAACUGGCAAAAACAUUUGCUAUAAGCCUUGACUAUGUAAAUUUUGUGUUGAUGUGUACCACCUAUUAUGAAUAAAUAGGAAAUUAAAUGUUUAUUGUUGAUCCCAACUAUC